AUGGAGUCCGCAGCGGAUCUGGGGUUCGACUACACCCCCGAACUCCCAGUGCCGAUCUCCUUAAUUGGUGGCCGACAUCUGGUCUUUGACAUCAAGAUUGCGACUUACCUCCGCCGGGAGCAUAAUAUAUGUGGCAUAGCAAUCGGCGCUUUACCCAUCAGUCCCUCUCAGAAUCUAUUUCUCGGGGUACCCAUUGAGAUCAUGCCGGAAGAAGCUCAGUUACUAGUUGAACGAGGGGUCGGCGUUGUUGUUGACGACGCUCGAGCUCACGAUCAAGCCGUUCAGUCAAGAGACCUAGCUCGACGCGCUGAUUACCUGGCAAGAGUGGAGAAGCAGUCUAAGCAAGUCAAGCAGGCCAAGGAUCGGGAGAACGAGGAGUCCCGGAGGCGAGGUUUGGCCAAACAGGCAAAAGCUUUGACCCCAUCAUCUGGUCCCACGCAAGGCGGACGUAAUGCUGAGCACGCCGACGUUGAUGAUAGCGAGGCGGCGCAAGAUGCUGAAGACACCGCCCUGGAGAGCCAGGCGCUUUUUCAAGACGACUCUCCAGUCAAAGUUUUGCCUGCUACUGCCACAUCGAACACCUAUGCAGUCACCCCAGCCACAUCCCGACUGCUCCUUCCGUCACCCCCAGCGUCUGGAUCGCCAAUAAAGAAUCUUCCGUCGUCUUACCCUCUCUACAGGCAUCUCCACGACAAAGGCUUCUUCAUGACCCCUGGUCUCCGAUUCGGGUGCCAAUACACUGUUUAUCCUGGCGACCCUCUCCGAUUCCAUUCCCACUUCCUGGCCGUGGGCACUGAGUGGGAUGCAGAGAUUGAUCUCAUGGACAUUGUAGGCGGAGGUAGACUGGGAACUGGCGUGAAGAAAGGCUUCUUGCUGGGCGGAGCCAGUCCAACAGGAGAUGUAAGGACUUUCAGCGUCGAGUGGGCGGCGAUGUAA